AUGUUUUCUUUAUCCGUUUUUCUUCCUGGCUUUUAGGAUGAAUAAUUAUCCAAUCAUUGGGAAACGUGAACGUUUUACAAACCAUCCUGAGAUAAACAAUCUCUUUGACUCGGAACUCACCCCAGAAGAUGUUCUGUGCUCAGUGCUUGGUUUGAAAGAUGAGUUUGCUUGCAGGCUUCUCGAACUAACUCCUUACAUGAGAAAACACAAAAGUGAAAAGGUACAUUUGCUAAGAUUUUUAAAGGAGUUUAAGGAAGAAGACAACUUAAAAAAUCUCAGAGAUGGUGAAAAGGUUGCUAAAAUCUUGUGCAAGAAUGGUUUUACAAAGCAUCGAUCUGAAUUUAUUGCUAAUUGGAUAACCAACAUGGCAGAUCCAAAUCACAAACCAAUUUUCUCCUGGGUGAAAACUUACAUUGAAAAUCAUUUUAAGUAUGAUAUCUUGUUAAAUGAUCAAGUUUCGGAUUUUCCUUUCAAAAAUGAUAAUCAAAAUGAAUGGUUUACUGUGAAUAUCCCACGUUUAGAUGAAGAGGGAAGACAUAGUCAUCCUAUAAAUAUGAUCAAUGUUGAAUUGCAAGAAGAUGCUCUACACCAUGUUGGAUCAAUAGUUGCUGAACUAAAUGAAAAUAAUCCUGAGACAGAAGUAUAUUUCCAUUGUACUGAUCACGAAAGUGCUGUGGAUAUUCUGGAAAUUGGAAUUCAUCUGGGUUUUGGUCGAAAGAAAUCAGACUUCUCUGAUGGAGCAGGUUUCUACAUGGUAAAUAAUGCAAAGUUCUCAUUAGAGCAAUAUGGAUUGAGCAGUACACAUCCAGCUAUUAUCAUGUUUGAUGUGAGUCCUCAAAAACUGAGCAAGUUCAAAGGAAUUGAUUUAUCCAGUGCUGAAAAAGACAAAGAUUGGAAAUUGAUUGUUGAGUAUUUUCGCUCAAGUAGCCAUGGUAUUGGUAAUUUACCCAAGAAUUUGUUCUCACACAUAAGACAAUGUGAUUACAUCCGAGGGCCUGUUUCCCUAAAUGGUUCUAUUGAAAAUAACACAUUAUCUCAAGGUGUUGAACAAAUUUGCAUAAAAGAACGAGAAUUGGCCAAGCUAAUUGGGCAUCCAUCAUUAAUCUUAGGCGUUAUUUUUCUUAAAGCUCAUGAACUGAUCCAAAAGGGAAAUGAGCUUGGCAGUAAAGAUGACGACCAUGACAUGGCAGAAUUGAAGAUUGAGCCAAUAAUAAUUGACAAAAUCUAAACAUGCAUUAUAGUAAUAAACAUUUGAAAGUUGAUUUUGUAAGUUGUUGUAAAUUUCAGGAACCUUUAAUCUUAUAACCGACAGGUGUUAUACCCAAGAACAGUUGGUAUAACAUAUUUUAUUGUAUACUUAUAUGUAUAACCAACAGUAGAUCAUUGUAAACUAUGAUUAUCUUUUACUAUUUAUACCUGAACAUUGUGACAUACUUAAGUUAGGAAACGAACUAUUUACUGCUUGUUGUAGAUUAGAUAAUUUGAUUUGGCUUUUGUGUGAUGUCAUGAUAAAUAUCAAAAAAAUUGGAA